GUACAUUCAAAUGCAUAAUCGAUGAUAUUGAACAAAAUCAGUUGACUGCUACAAAAGUUAUGGUCUUCUGUCGUAAGAAAGAACACGUAAAAGAGCUCUUUGAGUUAUUUUAUCAAUGCCUAGGGCCUAAGGGAUACUACAGUCCAACUGGUGAGGAACCUGAAGAUGACCGCACAAGACUGUUUGCUAUGUAUCAUAAAAAAACCCAUAAAUUGGUUAAGAGCACCAUAGAGACAGAAUUUCGUAAGGAAAAUGGAACAGUACGAAUUGUCUUCUGUACCAUUGCUUUUGGCAUGGGAGUGAAUGUUAAGGGUGGAAACAUAGUGAUUCACCUUGGACCGUCAAGUGGGCUUGAUGAUUAUCUACAAGAGUCAGGCAGGGUUGGACGACAGAAAGACAUCAAUGCACAUGCACUACUCUUGAAGUACAAGGGAUGCACAAGAAGCAGAAACAUUAGUAGAGAAAUGAAAGAUUAUGUUUUGAACACCUCAGAAUGCAGGAGGGUUAUGUUGCUAAAGUCAUUUUGUAGUAAUCCUACAGCAAAUACUCUGAUUCCCCAUUCAUGCUGUGAUGUAUGUGCAAAGAAAUGCCGAUGUCUUUGCACAUGUAAAAAUGAACAGUGCUCUUGUGAAAAAACAUGUGAUGUGGAAGCUCAUCAGCUAGAUUUUGAAAAGCAACUUUUAAAGUUGCUCUGCCCUCAGAAAGUCCAUACAGAGAAGACUUCUGCCCAGCUUCAUGAAUCCACAAAAUUGACCAGUAAGCAGAAGGCAACUUAGAGGAGUGAUCUCCUGCAAUAUAGAUAUACUCUWGCAAGUAAUUACAAGCAGGAGCAACUACUUACUGGUCUUGACUUGGCCACAGGUUUCUCAAGGUCAUUAAUAGAUGAUAUUGUUGAACACGCAGGAGAAAUUAAGAGUUUUGAACUACUAAAACUUAAACACUGUUUCUUCAAUGAGGAGCRUGCAGUGUUCACUUGGCAGUGUAUCUGUGAGCUUGAUGAUGAUGAGAGUGAAAGUGAAUCUGAAAAAGCUCAGAAUACAACGCAUGUAACACAUCCAAUGGAGGAUUUGCUAAGUGAUAGUGAAGACGACAGUGAUUUGGUGGUUGAAAGAAGAACAYGUGCUUACAUAAGUUCUGAAGAAUAUAGCAGUGAUGAAAGCAGUGUUUGAUAAAUGUACAGAAUUUUCAURUAUAUGUAUAUAGGACAAAUAUGUGGUAUUGAGUUUUAUUUUAUAGUAUGUGAUAAAACCUAACAUUUAUUAACAAUAAAUCAAAAGAUAUCAAGAUAAUAUGAU